AUGAGAUAUUAUGGUCAAGAGAUAUUACCGCUAACUUCAUGCAGCUCAAAUGUAGUACUUUGGUACCCUGGCAGCACUUAUGUGUGUUGCUCGAGACAUUGCACGAGUGAAACAAGACAAAAAAAAAGAGUUUCAUCAAAACGACGUCAUAAACAAAAUAUGAAGCAGUUUUGUGGAUGGAAUUGAUUUAAAUUUAAAACAACAAAAACAAAAACCGAGUGAAAAUAAAUUAAACAAAAGGAGAAUCGCGCAACGAUCAAUUAAAAAUUAAUUAAAAGUGUCACAAGUGUAAAAAAUUAUCAAAUUAUGCCAAUCGCUCUGGUUCGUUCCAUUUCCUUACCCAACUUAAAAGUCUAUACUGCCUUCAGUUUACUGUUGUUAUCGUGUUGUUUGUACUAUGCAUUCGACGUCGUGAGAACAGAUCCUCAUUGGGAGCUUCAUCAUAACACUUCACAUCAUGUUUCAUCACGUUCAACGUCCCUUCUAAAAUCAUCUAACGAUGCACUUGACGUUCUAACGAACAGCAAUUUACUCUCAGAACUGAGUUCAGAAGAUAAAGAUGAGUCUGAAGAUGGAAAACAUCCUGAAGUCUUACAUAAAGCUGGCCAAGUCAACAAAACCUCCAGCAACUCACUUUCUGAUCAACUUAAAGAUGUUGUUAGCUUUAUGACACAUGAGCCAAUUUGUAUUUGGACACUCAUCAACAUGGCGUAUUGUUGUCUAAUAUUGUUGGGUAAAUUCAUUCAAAAAAUCGUUUUUGGAGAACUAAGAAUAUCUGAACAACAGCACAUGAAAGAUAAAUUCUGGAAUUUUAUUUUCUACAAGUUCAUCUUUAUUUUCGGCAUUGUCAACGUUCAAUACAUGCACGAGAUUGUGAUUUGGGUCUCAUGGUUUUCAGCCUUAGGGUUUUUGCACUUGAUGUCGCAACUGUGCAAGGAUAGAUUUGAAUAUCUCUCGUCUUCUCCAACGACGCCAGGAUGGUCACAUUUCCGUCUUAUCACAUUACUGUCAGCAAUCUUCACAAUUGCAAGUGUGAUGACGAUUUUUGCAAUUAUUUUUGGACUUUUUCAUGGCAUCAACAUGUUUGCUUUCAUGGGUGCUGAGUGUAUUAUUCUAGCGAUUCGAACACUUCACAUUCUUAUUCGUUACGGAAUGUUCUUAUACGACAUGCGACAAGGUGCCAUCAAUAGUGACACAAUUUCAUGGGAUAAACGUGGGCCAGUUGCAUAUUAUAUCGAAUUUGGUUUUGAUUUGGCAGCACUUCUUGUCGAUCUUUCACAUCAUCUUCAUAUGCUUUUAUGGUCAAAUAUCUUCUUAUCGAUGGCAAGUUUGGUGAUAAUCAUGCAAUUGCGACAUCUUACGAAUGAAAUUCAGAGAAAAUUCAAAAAACAUCGAAAUUAUUUAUGGGUUUUGGAUCAUAUGGAGAAGAAUUAUCCUUUGGCAACACAAGAAGAUCUCAAGCAUAACUCUGACAACUGCGCCAUCUGUUGGGAGAAAAUGGAAACAGCCAGAAAACUUCCAUGCGCUCAUCUCUUCCACAAUUCAUGUCUCCAAUCGUGGCUUGAACAAGACACUUCAUGUCCAACAUGUCGUUUGGCUUUGAGUGUUCAAAGUAGCACUCGAGUACCAACAAUACGUCAGCCAAACAUUGAUUUCGAUGAACUUGAACAACUUACAGGUGCAACACCGAACAUUGGAUCAGUUGGAGGUGGAAAUAUUUUGAGUCGAAGUAAUCACUUUUUUCAUUUUAAUGGACAACGCUACAUAUCUUGGUUGCCGAACAUAAGUGUUGAAGUGUCAAACAUUAAUACAAUGCUACGUAAUGGACAUUUGAGUGCAACAAUUAUUCAACCACAUCAACAGAUAUCGCAAUUACGUAAUAUGGCAAAUCAUAUUCAAGAGAUGUUUCCGAGAUAUCCACUUGAUAUUUUGUUAGCUGAUCUUCAAGUUACACAUUCAAUUGAACAAACUAUUGAUAAUAUUUUAGAGGGUCGAUUACCAGUACCUCGUAAUGCGACAAGUGAUGUUGAUGACGUUCCUUCAACUUCAGCUACGAACCAAAGUUUUCCAUCUGCAAGUGAUUAUUACAUUGCUGCUGAUGAUAUAUCUGCUAGUUCAUCAUCAUCAACAUCAUCGUCUUCAUCUUCGUCAUCAUCAUCAUCGUCAUCAUCAACUUCAAGUAUCACCGAUCAGUAUGAGAUCGAACAACAUGGCAGCGAAGUCUUUGGUAAUCGAGCUGAAUUAUUACGAGAAGAUAGUCCAGAGAGUCAAGUCGCUACAGACGUUUGGAGUAAUAGUAAUAAUAGUUAUACAUCAACAUCAUUUAUUCCUGAUACGGAAUCAAUGGAAGAUCGUUUUUCAAAGCGACCACAGGAACGAGAGAGACUGUUGCAACGACGUAAAGAACAAAUGUUAAUUAAUGCGCGAAAAAGGUACCUGGAAAAGACGAAAAUGGAUUUAAAUAUUCCAUCAUCAUCGACGUCAUCAUCAUCAUUAGAUUUGAGAUUUAGAGACACAGCAGCAUCAAGUCAUCGAGAUUAAAAUCAAAUUUAAGAUAAAUAUUUUAAAAUGAAUGAAAAGAAAUAUUGAAAUAUUACAAUAACUAACCAGUUGCAUACUUUUAUCUAUUGUUUGAAAAAGGAGAAAAUAAUGAAAUUUGUAUUUUUUAUUGAAGAAGAAGUCAUCCAGACUGCAUCAAAAUAAGAGACUCGAUCAAUGAUAUGUAAUCCCUAGGAUAUGAACGAGUGUUCUUACAAUUGUAUUUUUCCACACACAAACUCUGAAAAAUUGCGCUUUUGAAGAAAUUCACAUACUUAUGUAAAUCCUCAAAUUAUCGCUUGUAUGCAAUUUAAUAUCAAUUUAAAAGAACAUCACCAAAAAAAACGAAAUAUUAAAUAAAAUUCUGUUUUAACUCUGUUAAUGAAAAGCUUCAUUUUCGGUGUCAAUUUGAGGUAUCAUGAUAUAAAAAUAUUUAAUUUGUUGGUACUUAAUUAUAACAUCUUAUUGCUUAAUUUUUAAGUAUCAUUUGAUAUUUUUUAAAUUUUUAUUUUAUUGUUUUUGUUGCUUUUUUUCGAAAUGUGAUUUAAAUUUAACUCAAUUAAAAAAAAAAAAGAAAUACAGUAUCAAGUUGAAAUAGAAAAUUGUUGAAUUUUACUUUAUCAAAGUUUAUUUCAAUUUGAGAACUGAUGUUGCUUCAUAAAAUCCGUUUGAUGCUUGCGAAAAUCUUUGACUUAGAUGAAUUUCUUCGACUUUCAAUGAACCGAAAUAGUAGUCUUUGUACUUUUUCAAGAUUUGUGAUGCAUCGAAGGUUUUUCUAGUGAAUUGAUUGUUGUUUUUCUGACCUGCUGAAUGAUCGUCAUUGUUUGCAAACUUUGAAUUGAUUAAUGUUACAUGCAUUUUAACGUUAUCCUGUUUAAGUUGAAUUAAACCCCGAUCAGCGAAAUAACUUGCAAGUCCAUUGGCGAUUGCUUGAAGACUAUCGUUCGACACUUUUCCAUAAAGAACAUUUACUGCUGAUGGGUCGUCAUUCAUAUAAUCUAAACCAGCGAGUUGUACGUUGAGUGUUUGGUUUUGAAGGAUUGGAUCUACGAUGAAUUCUCUACAAUCUUGAAGAAAUUCACUUGCAAUUGCACGGUCUUCAUUGUCAAGAAGAACUAGCAUGACUAAAGUUAGAUGCAACUUUUCAGGCUUCUGAAAAUAUGAAAUGUCUAAUCCAUGAAUGUCUGGAUCGUUGAGAAUUUCUGUUCUGAACUUUUCAAAAUUUCCCUUAAUUUCUUCUGUUAUAAAAGGCACCGAGAGAAAGUGAGUAAAUUGUUGUUUAGCACGUCCAGCAAUCAUGAUUUGAUCUAGUCGUGCUUUUGCUGAAAUUACUUCCUUUCUCGUAUUGCCUUUGACGAUUACAUUUGUGUCUUUAGAGCCAAUUUUUGGCACUAGAAUGGAUGCUCCUGUUUCUUGCUCAAGCCUCCGUUUUGUAUUUCCUUUCGUUCCGAUAAUUUGUGAAUGAAACAACUGCGGCACAUGAACUUUUAAUUGAAACUUUCUGCCAUUAUCAACAGUUUCGAUUUCAUAAAAAUCUUCUUCUCCAAUUUCCAUUUCACAUUCAAAAUCUUCUUCUU